AUGUUCGGGAUUCUGUUGUCCGGAUGUUCCUUCUUGCAACCCGAUUUUUCGGCAGGACGGGAGACUGGCUCCGAGACAAACCUGAGUUCCUCUGAACCCCAAACCGUGGCGAUACAAAACUCUCCGGCGCCCUCAUCUCAAACCAAAGCCAGCAAUGGGAACACAACCACCGGCGCUGGGAAAGGAACGACGCCGGUUACGGCCAUUAAUCAGCAGAAUGGUGUGGCGGAAUCCGAAGCGACAACAGAGACAGAAGUCGUCACCGAAACCGCAGACACUAUUGGGGCGGGACCUCUGAGCGACAUCCUAGGGGACAACGUACCCGAAGUGUCUUCCCCAGGGGAAGAUACGGUCGGAACAAGCCGACCCCAGCUAUCCGGCUUGACUCCUUUGGAGAUUGUGGCGGCUCAAGACGAGGUCCUUCGGGACAUCUACGACAGCACCCUGCCAUCCGUGGUCCUGAUCCGAGUGUCCAGGAGCCUGGGAUCGCUGGCUGACCGACCCAACAUUCCCGAUAUACCGGGCAUCCCCGACGACUUCUUUGAACGUUCCGGCGGGACGGGCUUUGUAUGGGACGACGAAGGGCACAUCGUAACCAACCAUCACGUGGUCACGCAGGCCGACCGGGUAACUGUUGUUCUGCCUAAUCGCGUGGAGAUGGAAGCGGAAUUCCUCGGAAGUGACCCGGACUCGGACUUGGCGGUGCUGAAGGUGUCUGACCCGGAUGGGUUGCUCACGCCCGUUACCCUGGGGGACAGUGACCAGGUUUAUAUGGGGCAGUUGGCCGUCGCAAUGGGAAACCCCUUUGGACAGCAAUUCAGCAUUACGACGGGCAUUAUCAGCGGCAUCGGGCGCACCAUUCGCAGCGGGCACAGUCCUUUCUCCAUCCCUGAAGUGCUGCAGACCGACGCGCCAAUCAACCCGGGCAACUCCGGGGGGCCACUCCUGGACCGGAACGGCCAUGUCAUCGGAGUAAAUACCCAGAUAAUCAGCCGCACCGGCGUAAAUUCUGGGAUCGGGUUCGCCGUUCCCAUUAACAUAGCCAAACAGGUGAUUCCGUCACUCAUGGAGGGCGGCGAGUACCAGUACUCCUGGCUUGGUAUCAGCGGCACCAGCAUUUUGCCGGAUGUUGCUGACGCGAUGGACUUGCCCCGUUCGACUCAGGGAGCGCUGGUCAUUGAGGUUGUGCCCGACGGGCCCGCCGCCAAUUCAGGACUGCUGGGCAGCGACGAGAUUUUCGAAAUGGAGGGGCUGGAAUUACCCGUGGGAGGCGAUGUAAUAGUAGCUAUAGACGGCGCUCCGGUUGAAACUAUCGACGACGUGAUAGCCUUCCUGGUAGGGAAGACUGAACCCGACCAGACGGUUACGAUGGACAUCAUACGGGAUGGCGAACAGCAGCAGAUUACGGUUACGCUCGGCACUCGCCCUGAUCUUUCAAACCCUGCGCCGGAAAACUGA